AUGAGGAUUUUAAAAAUCGAUCAGUUCAAGUGUUUAAUUUUUGCAUUGGGUCUUAAAUCAAGUAAACACACAGAUAUUCGCGUACGUUUAUUUAAAAUUUUAAAUAAAGUUUCCGAAACAACAAAUUUGGAUAAACUGGUAGACGAAACACGUAUAAUGGAUUUGAAAUCUGAUAAUAUAAUGAUUGAAUACCAAACAAAAUCAAUUGGAUCUGUUAACGAAAAGGAGCACAAAUGCACCAAAUGUCAACUCGAGGACAACUACUGCUCCAGCUCCAAGACCAUUAGAACAAAAUCAACACAAAAUGACAACAAAGACAAAUUCCAAGGGAAAUCAAAAUUUCGUAAGCAUUCAACUGUGACGAUCAAUAACACUAUUCGACUUCAGAUAGACACAGCAUCGGAUAUUUCAAUAAUUUCUUUUGAGACAUGGGAAACCAUUGGCACACCCGACGCCUAUGCUACAAAGGAUAGCGCUAGUGAUGUAAAUACCAACAACAUUAAUCUCCUAGCUAUGUUUGAAUGCGAUGUAACAAUUAAUGACGUCACAAAAAGAGUAAGCUGCUAUAUCACAGAUAUAGACCAGCUGAAUAUCAUGGGAAUCGAUUUUAUUCAAGCCUUCGAUCUCUGGGAUAAACCAAUAUCUACUUGGUGUAGACAAAUUAAAUUCGAUGACGAAAUAGCUAGACUUAAGGAAAAUUAUCAACCCGUUUUUGAUAACAGUACUUUGGGACUUAUAAGAAACGCAGCAAGACUCGAAAUCGAAGCAGGACUACAGAGAUUGGAAAAUGCAAACAUUAUUUCUCUUGUGGAUACAUCAAAGUACGCCGCACCAAUUGUGGUCAGUAAUUAA